AUGGCCAGCCAAUCGACGACGGCCGGGCGCCGCCGCCUCUUUGCCCUCGUGGCGCUGCUGCCCGUCUGGCUCGCCCUCACCGCCCUCACCAGCGCACCCCAGUCCGCAGACGCCUCCCUCGUCUCGGCCCUCGGCCACGCACACCGCCCCCAGGACCCCUCGCGCAAGUCGCUCGCAUGGGGCCCCGAGCUCAAGCAGGUCUUUGCCUCGGCUGAUCCCGUCGCGGACCCGCCCGCCCUCGGCGCCCGCGGCUUCUCGGCCCACGACGCAAUCAAGCUCGCCCACACCGCCGCCAUCCACGCCGUCAACGCCGAACCCGGCGCAAAGGACCCGCACUCGGUCGCAAGCCGCCUCGCUCGCCACCUCCUCGGCCUUGCGCCCGGCUCCCGCGCCAAGUCCGACGAGGCCGCCGCCGCCGGCAGCGUCGACUUCUACGUCCGGCCCGACUCGUACACCGACCCGCAGAGCGGCAUCUCGCACUACUACGUCCGCCAGCUCGUCAACGGCCUCGAAGUCGCCGACGCCGACCUCAACGUCAACGUGGCCCCCAACGGCAAGAUCCUCUCGUUUGGCUCGUCGCUCUACACGGGCAAGCGGGUCCGAUCCGACGACGAGCUCGAUGCCCACUGCGACAAGCUGCGCGCAGAGCUCGGCGACCUCCUCUUCCCCGGCCACGCCGACGAGGGCCAGCAGCAGCAGCAGCAGCAGCAGCAGGAGGCCGAAGACGCCAUGCUCCGCGGCGGCGCCCACCAGAUCGUCUUUGACGCCAUGGACCGCGCGCCCGCCAACUUGCGCGCGCCCAUGCGGGCCCGCGUCGACCCGGCGCGCGUGCUGCCGAUGCAGGAGGAGCUCCACGAGCUCUGCAGCGUGCCCUCCGACGACCCGCUCCUCCAGGGCGCCGACCUCGGCUCGCGCCUCUCGGGCUCGUUUGCGGCGGCAUCGCCCUCGGCGUCGUCGUCGUCGCGCUCGUCGAGCGCAGGCGCCGACGCCAUCGUCGACCCGCGCCUCGCCCUCGUCUACUUCCUGCAGCAGGCCACGCCCGACGACGCGCUGGCGGCCAAGCUGUCGAACCCGGACCACGCCGAGACCGAGGCCUCGCAGAUCUUCACCACGUUCGAACACAAGCUGCAGCCCCACGGCGGCGCCACGGCGUCCGGCAUGCAGCCCUCGCACGCCCAGGUCGAGUACCUGCACAACGUGCCCACGGCCACGGGGCCCGUGUCGGCCCGCCUGGCCUACGUCCGCGCCGAGUCGGGCGAGCUGAACCUGGUGUGGAAGUUUGAGGUGCCGCUCGAGGACAACGCCUACGAGACCUACGUCGACGCCACGCGCCCUGGCAGCAUCAGCACCGUCGUCGACUGGAUCCACAGCAUGCCGCGCAGCCGCCACGUCGACGGCGUCGACGCCAUCCCGGAGCUCGGCCGGCCCGACUUCGGCGGCUACGGUGGUAAGGGCAAGAGCAAGAAGGAGCAGCGAACGCAGACGCAGGGCCGCGUCGGCAACAAGGCCAAGGCGACGAGCAAGGGCUGGAAGUGGCGCAUCCCCGGCACCGGCAGCAAAGUCGCCUCUCCGCCCUCGCCCAUGUCCCACGACCCGCUGUACAAGGUCUUCCGAUGGGGCCUCAACGACCCGACCGAGGGCAAGCGGUCCUACGAGCGCGGCAUCCGCUACGGCGAGGCGAGCCCGUCGGGCUGGCACACGGUCCCCGGCAGCAAGUCGCCCUUUGACUCGCUCGAGGCCGACGACGCCCGCACCGUGGCCGCCGACGGCGAGCAGACCGUCUACCGCGACACGCGCGGCAACAACGUGUUUGCCCAGGCCGACCUGUCGGGCAACGGCGACUGGCGCACCGGCAACCUCCACCGCCCCAAGGGCAAGUCGAGCGAGGCCGACGGCACCGACAUGCUCUUCGACUAUCCGUACCCGUGGCGCAAGGCGGAGCGCAACCAUACGGAGCUGUCGCCCGAAAGGUACGCCGCCGCCGCCGUGGUGCAGCUCUUUGUGACGAUCAACGAGUUCCACGACAUGCUGUACGCCUACGGGUUCGACGAGGUGUCGGGCAACUUCCAGGAGCACAACUUUGGGCGCGGCGGCCAGGACGGCGACGGCGUCAUCGCGUUUGCCCAGGACGGCGCGGGCACCGACAAUGCCGACUUUAUGACGCCGCCCGACGGCCAGCGCGGGCGGAUGCGGAUGUACGUGUGGGACCAGUCGACGCCGUACCGCGACGGCGACUUUGAGGCGGGCAUCGUCAUCCACGAGUACAGCCACGGCCUCUCUACGCGGCUGACGGGCGGUCCGGCCAACAGCGGCUGCCUGGGCUGGGGCGAGGCGGGCGGCAUGGGCGAAGGCUGGGGCGACGUGUUGGCCUCGAUCAUCCGCCGCACGGGACCCAAGCCGCACGACUGGCCGAUGGGCUCGUGGGCGUCGAACCGCGUCAAGGGCAUCCGCAACUACCCCUACUCGACCAACACGACGGUCAACCCGGAGACGUACGCGUACCUGGACCGGGGCGGCUACUGGGGCGUGCACGCCAUCGGCGAGGUGUGGGCGACGAUGCUCAACGAGGCCGAGGAGGCGCUGACGGCGCAGCACGGCUUCUCGCGCACCCUCUUCCCGCCGGCGACGAACGCGACGCGCGACGAGCACGACGCCUUCUUCCUCAGCGAGGCCGAGCUGGCGCCGCGGGCGCACAGGCGCAUCAGCCAGCGCCGCGUGCCGCGCCACGGCAACACGCUGCUGGUGCAGCUGAUCCUCGACGGCAUGAAGCUGCAGCCGUGCCGCCCGAGCUUCUUUGACGCGCGCGACGCCAUCAUCCAGGCCGACAAGCACCUGACGGGCGGGCAGAACAAGUGCCUGCUGUGGAAGGCGUUUGCCAAGCGCGGCUUGGGCACCGACGCGCGCGUCAUUGGGCGCACGCCCUGGGGCGGAGGAAAGCGCACCGACGGCCACGCCGUGCCCAAAGAGUGCGGCGGCAAGCAGUAG